AUGGAGACAAAACGUGACCUUUUUAAAAAGUUUAAACUGAAAAAAACCAUGAAAAAACACUUUGAGACUGGACCAAGUGACAAUGAGACACACGAGCAACAAAUUGUGCUUCAAAACGAAGAAAAGGACGACAUUCAGGCCAAAUUUGACGACGUGAGUGGACAAUUUCAAGUUCUAAAGCACGAGCUUGAAGCAAAGGAGAGUGAACUCGAGGUUGCCAUGUCUAAGAUUGAAGCUUUUGAACUGGAACUUGAAUCACAACAAGAGACGGCAAGUGUAAAGCAGCAGAAAGAUGCAAUAAUGAUGAGUAAACUCCAAGACGAGUUGAAAAAAACUAUUCUUGGACUUUCACAAGAAGAAGCACGUGUGCUGGUAUUUCAGGAAGAAAACAAUCGAUUGACAAAUCAAGUGGUAGCAAUGUUGGAAGAUAAUCAGCGUCAGGAAAUAGAAAUGCAGGGACUAGUGAAGGAAAAGGAGUGUUUACAGAUGAAAGUGGAUGAGCUGAUGCAUCAACUUGAAGAAACACGACAACAGCAAGAAGAUACAGAGCAAAUGUACUUGGAAGUGGCGUCGAAAUUGAAUCAUGCACUUAGAGAGAACGAUGAGCUGAAAAAAGCAACAGGACAUGAAGAUGUGGGUGAGGAUACAGACCGUGUACGGGAGUUGGAAACGCAGAUGGCGUACUGGCAGACUAAUGCUGAGAAAUGGGAGCAGGAGAAGCAGCGCCUCACACAACAGAUCGAGUUGCUCAUGUCUGCGAAUGAAAAGGCUAGCGCAGAGCUAUCUGAUGUGGCACUAAUUCGUGAACAGUUACUUGUACACGUUGGCAUCGAUUUGACUUACGAAAGCAUCGAGUCGCUUCUUGAUACAAAGAACAACGAGAUUCAGAUGCUCACAGCGCAACUCUCGACUGUGGAUGGUUCUCAGGAGCAAGCCAUCUGUGAGGCAAUCGAGACUAGCGUUGUUGAAGCAGAAGCCCUACGAUCUCAGCUGCAGACGCUUCAGACCCAGUAUGAUUCUGCAGCUUCUGAAAAGCUUAAGCAAGACAAGACAAUAGAUGAACUUCGCACAGAUUUGAACCGCGUGGCAGCAGAACACUCCUCCUUGCUUUUGGCGAAGGAGCUCGAGUACCGAGGUGCUUGUGAGGCCCUUGCGAAAAUCGAGCAUUUAACAAAGCAGCUCGAGAAUGCUCAGACAGAAAAGCAGCAAUCAAGCGACGAUUUUUCUGUGAUCGAGUCCAAGAUCGAAUCAUUGGUUACUGCAUUGCAGAUAGAGACAGGAACAUCCGCAGGUGCUGGUACCAUGUACAGUCACAAAUCGCGGGUAGCGGAACUUAAUAAGUAUUUAGAGCACAUCCAAGAGCAACUUCUUAGUGCAGCGAAAACGAAUCAAAUGCAAGGUGAAGUGGAAAUUCUUCAGAACAGGAUACACCGGUACGAGGUGGAGAAUCAGCUUGUAUCAGCAAAGCUGGAAGAGUGUGAGGUUGCACUUAAGGCCUACGCUGAUAAAUUUGCUGUUAGAGGGCUAGAUGCGGGUUUUGUCACUCAAAAAUAUACAUUCUCGGGCGAUGAUGCUGGCUCUGUGAUAUCAAACGGCGAAACCGCUGAGAGCAGUAAUGGAGACUCUCCUCUUGAGCGCGAACUGGAGUUAACGAGAUCUCGCUUACACGCGGUCGAGGCAGAAAUGGCUGCCUGUAAAGCUGAGAAUUUGCGGAUGAGUUUUGAGGUAGCAAAAACAGCCGAUGGUGUUUCGAAGCUCAAGCAAGACCACGAAGCAUUACUGGAGAUGCAUCGAGAGAAGUUGUCGGAAUUAGAAACGAUGAGAGAACAAUGUGUAUCCUUGGAAUCUGCAAACCAAAGGCUUGCGUCCGAACUCUCGAAUAAGUCGGAUGAACAGCAACGUUGCCUUGAGGCCUUUGCGAUACAAAGAGAAGACUUUGAAUCCAUCAUUGCUGAUUUGCACACUAAGGCUGCAAGGGACAGUAACAAGAUUAAGCGUGACUUGGCAGAUAUCAAGACCGAAAAUGACGUUUUGGAGGAACGAAUUAGUGAGUUGCACGCCGUUGCUGACAGCAAGACUGAGCCGGACGAACGGCAAGAAAAGGAUCGCGAGGUCGAAGAGUUGCGGUCUUCACUAGUUCAAGCUAAGGUGAACUUUUUCGAACAAAAGCAGCAGCUUUCGGCUCUUGAGAAGAAGCUUGUGGAUGUGUCAAAGCUGGGCGGUUCUACCUGCACAAUGAAUAGUGCACUGGACGCUGAGCGACGAGAAUUUGAAGCCGCUUUGAUCGAAAUGAUUGAGAUGGAAAAGAAACUUCAAGUUGCCUAUGAAGCGAAACAGGGGCUCGAGUCCACGCUGCAAGAACGUAUGGAGGCAAAGGCAAAACUCGAAGAUCGACUGUCUGUUGCUGAAGACAAGAUUGCGGAGCUUGAGCAGCAGCUGGAACAGAAGGUUGCUCUUAUUGCCACAAUCGAAGAGCAACUGCGAUCAGUUGAAGAAGAACGAGAAAAGCUAGCUGAUGAGUACUCAAAGACCAAGUCAAAGCUAGAGCGCAGCAGAGGAAAGUUGGAGGAGAAGGCGAUCGAAUUUGAGGCGUAUAAAACAACGACAAACAUGUUAAAGGAUGAACGCUGUCGGUUGUUCAACGAGAUUGCACUAUUGAAGGAAAAAAUUGCGAAGUCUGAAGCUCAAAAGGCUGCAAUGGCUGAUUCACAGGAGCUUGCAAAUGAAGAGCUAGAAGAACAGCUGAACGAACUUGCAGAUAAAAUAGCCGAGAUAGAGGCAGAAAAGCAGGAACUUCGUGCACGACUUGAGGACACUGUCUGCCAAUCCGAGGAAGAUAUUCACCAGUUGAGGGAACGACUCUAUAUGCUUGAGGAGGAAAAGUCGGGCAUGGAUGAUGAAAACCUGGAUCUAGAGAGGACGGUUGGAGAUCUGCAAGCAAAGCUCAACAGUCUUGAAGGGCAAAAGGCAAAACUCGAAGCGGCAAACGAGUCAAGCUGUCAUCAGCUAACUCUUUUGGAGGAUCAAGUAGAGAAGGCUGCUAAUGAAAUUGCAACGUUGUCCGUUGAGAAGAAUACUCUGAUCGACUUGCAGCAGUCGCUUGAGGGAAAUUUGUCUGCUCUUCAGGAUGAAAAGGUAAGGCUUGAACAAACAUUGGAAGAAACUGCUUCACAGUUACGUGACGAAUUGGAGAAGAUGGCGGUACGCGAUGGAGCAUUGCAGACACAGCUUGCGCAAAGUGCUGCUGAAAAGGAAGAACUGUUGAUGAACCUGUCGGAGCUCCAAGCGCGUUCUCAGACGGAGAAAGCGGCUUACAAUGAAGUUGCUGCAAAGCUCGAGUCACAGAUCUGUGAAAACAAAACUUUGGAGAACAAAACUCGAGCAUUGAAAAAUAUGGCGGAGAAGGCAUUGCAGUCUCUGCAAGCCAACCGCGACGAGUUAUCUGAGACUGAAUCGCGUGCAGCUAUUUUAGUGGAGGAGCGUGAUACAAUGAGCGUUUUGCUGCGUGAAAAAGAGUCUGCGAAUGAGGCGUUGACUACUCAAUGUUCAGACUUGCAACAGCGGGUAGACAAGCUCAACAGUAAUCUUGAGAGCUUGAGAUGCAAACACUUAGAGGAGGCAGGUACAGCUAAGGAUACUAUUCGUAGUUUGACGGAGGCUGAGACAAAAUUAACGGAGUCAUUGGAGGUUUUAAGGCGAGAGUUGGCUGAAGCUGAGUCGUGUAUUAUGGUACUGGAUGCAGAACGGGAUGAGGUGAGAAGGGAUCUCACCGCGAAGGAUUUAAAGAUUGAGAUGAUGACAACUCGGCAGGGAGAACUUGGCCUAGCAGCUGAAAAACUGGAGAACGAGCUAAAUAUGUUGCGAGGCAAAAGCGCAGCAGAAGCAAAAGCAACAAAGGAGAUAAUUUGUGGUCUCAAGAAGUCAAAAGCUCAAGCGGAAGAAACAGUUGAUAACCUGAAGGACUCGCUGCAUCGAGCAGAAAAGUCGCUUUACUCGAUUCAAGAGCAAUUAACCGAAUCUGAGUGUCAUGUUAAAGCGCUGGAGAAGGAUCGUGAUGCUAUCCGAUCUUCUUUGACUGAAAAGGAAUCGACACAUGAGAUGUUAAGCACAGUUCAGGAGGAUUUGCAGAAGAAAGUGGAUGCCUUAGAGCUGGAAUUGAAGGAGUUGCGCGAAACGAGUUCGGCAGAGCUAGCAGCUGCAAACGAAACUAUUACUUGUCUACAAACUACACAGGCUGAAGAAGCAGAAAAGCUAGCUUCAGUUCGUCAGGAGCUAGCAGAUGCUGAAGGAUGCGUAUUGGUUCUAGUUGAAGAGCGUGAUGCAACCAAGAAAAUACUCAGUAAGCGAGAGUUGACUCUUGAAGUUCUAAGCUCUGAGCAUGGCGAGCUACAGCUAAAGAGUCAAUCAAUGACUACUGCAUUGGAUGCUCUACGGAACAAGGCUGCAGCGGACGCUCGAGCUGCAGAGAUAAGUAUACAAACCUCGAAGGAGGAAGUAAAAUGUGCAACGGAGUCAUUGCAAUCAGUUCAAAAACAGCUAGUGGAGUCAGAAUUGCGCGCGGCUUCCCUAGCUUCCGAGUGUGAGGCUGUUAGCACAAUGCUGAGCGCCCUAGACACUGAACACAAGUCUUUGAGUUCUCAAAAACAGGAGCUUGAACAUCACAUCGAAAAUUCCGAGACCAAGAUCAAGAACCUGGAAACUCAGCACACUGCUACGUUAGAGUCUUUCGAAGAAAAACUCCGUGUGCUGAAAAAAUCCGAAGCUGAGCAUAAAGAAUGGUUGGAAAUAGCUCGAAAAAAACUAUUCGCCUCCGAGUCCCGCUCAGAGUCUUUAGCUGACGAGUGUGAUUCCACUAAGAAUGCCUUAAACAAAACCAAAACAAUAAUCAGCAACUUCACGACUCAAGCUGAAUACCUCCAGGAACGAAUUCAGUCGUUGGAGAGCGAGCUACAGGAGCUGCGAAGCCAGCGCGAAAGCGAUACGCUAUCUGCGGAGGAGACGAUCCGUAGCCUGAAGGAGUCGGAGUCGCAGACGGCAGAGACGCUGGAAACGAUUCGCCAGGAGCUGGCUGAGACCAAGGUGCGAGCCGUAUCCGCCGAGGAAGAACGCGAAGCUGCGCGCAAGGCUUUGAGCGAGAUGGAGUCGCACCGUGAAGCUCAAAGUACAGAGGCGGCAAGCCUGCAGGAGCGCAUCCAGUCGCUGGAGAGUGAGCUACAGGAGCUGCGAAGCCAGCGCGAAAGCGAUACGCUAUCUGCGGAGGAGACGAUCCGUAGCCUGAAGGAGUCGGAGUCGCAGACGGCGGAGACACUGGAAGCGAUUCGCCAGGAGCUGGCUGAGACCAAGGUGCGAGCCGUAUCCGCCGAGGAAGAACGCGAAGCUGCGCGCAAGGCUUUGAGCGAGAUGGAGUCGCACCGUGAAGCUCAAAGUACAGAGGCGGCAAGCCUGCAGGAGCGCAUCCAGUCGCUGGAGAGUGAGCUACAGGAGCUGCGAAGCCAGCGCGAAAGCGAUACGCUAUCUGCGGAGGAGACGAUCCGUAGCCUGAAGGAGUCGGAGUCGCAGACGGCGGAGACGCUGGAAGCGAUUCGCCAGGAGCUGGCUGAGACCAAGGUGCGAGCCGUAUCCGCCGAGGAAGAACGCGAAGCUGCGCGCAAGGCUUUGAGCGAGAUGGAAUCGCACCGUGAAGCUCAAAGUACAGAGGCGGCAAGCCUGCAGGAGCGCAUCCAGUCGCUGGAGAGUGAGCUACAGGAGCUGCGAAGCCAGCGCGAAAGCGAUACGCUAUCUGCGGAGGAGACGAUUCGUAGCCUGAAGGAGUCGGAGUCGCAGACGGCGGAGACACUGGAAGCGAUUCGCCAGGAGCUGGCUGAGACCAAGGUGCGAGCCGUAUCCGCCGAGGAAGAACGCGAAGCUGCGCGCAAGGCUUUGAGCGAGAUGGAGUCGCACCGCGAAGCUCAAAGUACAGAGGCGGCAAGCCUGCAGGAGCGCAUCCAGUCGCUGGAGAGUGAGCUACAGGAGCUGCGAAGCCAGCGCGAAAGCGAUACGCUAUCUGCGGAGGAGACGAUCCGUAGCCUGAAGGAGUCGGAGUCGCAGACGGCAGAGACGCUGGAAACGAUUCGCCAGGAGCUGGCUGAGACCAAGGUGCGAGCCGUAUCCGCCGAGGAAGAACGCGAAGCUGCGCGCAAGGCUUUGAGCGAGAUGGAGUCGCACCGUGAAGCUCAAAGUACAGAGGCGGCAAGCCUGCAGGAGCGCAUCCAGUCGCUGGAGAGUGAGCUACAGGAGCUGCGAAGCCAGCGCGAAAGCGAUACGCUAUCUGCGGAGGAGACGAUCCGUAGCCUGAAGGAGUUGGAGUCGCAGACGGCGGAGACACUGGAAGCGAUUCGCCAGGAGCUGGCUGAGACCAAGGUGCGAGCCGUAUCCGCCGAGGAAGAACGCGAAGCUGCGCGCAAGGCUUUGAGCGAGAUGGAGUCGCACCGUGAAGCUCAAAGUACAGAGGCGGCAAGCCUGCAGGAGCGCAUCCAGUCGCUGGAGAGUGAGCUACAGGAGCUGCGAAGCCAGCGCGAAAGCGAUACGCUAUCUGCGGAGGAGACGAUCCGUAGCCUGAAGGAGUCGGAGUCGCAGACGGCGGAGACGCUGGAAGCGAUUCGCCAGGAGCUGGCUGAGACCAAGGUGCGAGCCGUAUCCGCCGAGGAAGAACGCGAAGCUGCGCGCAAGGCUUUGAGCGAGAUGGAGUCGCACCGUGAAGCUCAAAGUACAGAGGCGGCAAGCCUGCAGGAGCGCAUCCAGUCGCUGGAGAGUGAGCUACAGGAGCUGCGAAGCCAGCGCGAAAGCGAUACGCUAUCUGCGGAGGAGACGAUCCGUAGCCUGAAGGAGUCGGAGUCGCAGACGGCAGAGACGCUGGAAACGAUUCGCCAGGAGCUGGCUGAGACCAAGGUGCGAGCCGUAUCCGCCGAGGAAGAACGCGAAGCUGCGCGCAAGGCUUUGAGCGAGAUGGAGUCGCACCGUGAAGCUCAAAGUACAGAGGCGGCAAGCCUGCAGGAGCGCAUCCAGUCGCUGGAGAGUGAGCUACAGGAGCUGCGAAGCCAGCGCGAAAGCGAUACGCUAUCUGCGGAGGAGACGAUUCGUAGCCUGAAGGAGUCGGAGUCGCAGACGGCGGAGACACUGGAAGCGAUUCGCCAGGAGCUGGCUGAGACCAAGGUGCGAGCCGUAUCCGCCGAGGAAGAACGCGAAGCUGCGCGCAAGGCUUUGAGCGAGAUGGAGUCGCACCGCGAAGCUCAAAGUACAGAGGCGGCAAGCCUGCAGGAGCGCAUCCAGUCGCUGGAGAGUGAGCUACAGGAGCUGCGAAGCCAGCGCGAAAGCGAUACGCUAUCUGCGGAGGAGACGAUCCGUAGCCUGAAGGAGUCGGAGUCGCAGACGGCAGAGACGCUGGAAACGAUUCGCCAGGAGCUGGCUGAGACCAAGGUGCGAGCCGUAUCCGCCGAGGAAGAACGCGAAGCUGCGCGCAAGGCUUUGAGCGAGAUGGAGUCGCACCGUGAAGCUCAAAGUACAGAGGCGGCAAGCCUGCAGGAGCGCAUCCAGUCGCUGGAGAGUGAGCUACAGGAGCUGCGAAGCCAGCGCGAAAGCGAUACGCUAUCUGCGGAGGAGACGAUCCGUAGCCUGAAGGAGUCGGAGUCGCAGACGGCAGAGACGCUGGAAACGAUUCGCCAGGAGCUGGCUGAGACCAAGGUGCGAGCCGUAUCCGCCGAGGAAGAACGCGAAGCUGCGCGCAAGGCUUUGAGCGAGAUGGAGUCGCACCGUGAAGCUCAAAGUACAGAGGCGGCAAGCCUGCAGGAGCGCAUCCAGUCGCUGGAGAGUGAGCUACAGGAGCUGCGAAGCCAGCGCGAAAGCGAUACGCUAUCUGCGGAGGAGACGAUCCGUAGCCUGAAGGAGUUGGAGUCGCAGACGGCGGAGACACUGGAAGCGAUUCGCCAGGAGCUGGCUGAGACCAAGGUGCGAGCCGUAUCCGCCGAGGAAGAACGCGAAGCUGCGCGCAAGGCUUUGAGCGAGAUGGAGUCGCACCGUGAAGCUCAAAGUACAGAGGCGGCAAGCCUGCAGGAGCGCAUCCAGUCGCUGGAGAGUGAGCUACAGGAGCUGCGAAGCCAGCGCGAAAGCGAUACGCUAUCUGCGGAGGAGACGAUUUGUAGCCUGAAGGAGUUGGAGUCGCAGACGGCGGAGACGCUGGAAACGAUUCGCCAGGAGCUGGCUGAGACCAAGGUGCGAGCCGUAUCCGCCGAGGAAGAACGCGAAGCUGCGCGCAAGGCUUUGAGCGAGAUGGAGUCGCACCGUGAAGCUCAAAGUACAGAGGCGGCAAGCCUGCAGGAGCGCAUCCAGUCGCUGGAGAGUGAGCUACAGGAGCUGCGAAGCCAGCGCGAAAGCGAUACGCUAUCUGCGGAGGAGACGAUCCGUAGCCUGAAGGAGUUGGAGUCGCAGACGGCGGAGACACUGGAAGCGAUUCGCCAGGAGCUGGCUGAGACCAAGGUGCGAGCCGUAUCCGCCGAGGAAGAACGCGAAGCUGCGCGCAAGGCUUUGAGCGAGAUGGAGUCGCACCGUGAAGCUCAAAGUACAGAGGCGGCAAGCCUGCAGGAGCGCAUCCAGUCGCUGGAGAGUGAGCUACAGGAGCUGCGAAGCCAGCGCGAAAGCGAUACGCUAUCUGCGGAGGAGACGAUCCGUAGCCUGAAGGAGUCGGAGUCGCAGACGGCGGAGACGCUGGAAGCGAUUCGCCAGGAGCUGGCUGAGACCAAGGUGCGAGCCGUGUCUGCCGAAGGUGAACAUAACUUGUUGCGCGUUGCUUUCGAGCAGAAAGAGGGGCUAUUAGUUAUUCUGAACGAAGAUAAGGCUGCGCUUGUCGAAAAGGUACAAGCUUAUGAGGCUCGUAUUGGUGAGCUAGACGCUGAGCUCGAAGUGCGAGCGUUGGAGCUGUCUAGUGGAACUCAGCAAAUUGAUUUGCUUGAAAGUCAACUGGCCCAGACUGAAACCCAGCUUCGCGAUCUACUGAAUGAAAUUAAGGUCUUGAAGGAAGUGAUAGCAUCGCUGUCUGAGGCGUCCAGCUCGGCCGCAGAUGAGGUUAACUCCCUACAUAAACAAAGAGCGAGUGAGGAAGAAAGCUAUGCUGCCGGAAUUGCUCGAAAAGACGAGGUGAUUUUAAAGCUGAAAUCAAAGCUUGAGGAGGUGGUGGCGGCGUAUAAGCGCCUUAAGGGACACCUGCAGGAACAGCAGGACAGACUGGCACAACAGGUUACAACAAGCGACUACCUUAAGACGUCGUAUGAUGAAUUGAAUGCUCAGUACUCUGCCUCCACGAUGGAGCUAGAUGCGCUGAAGCUCGAAUUGGCUUCAUCUCGUGAACAAUCGGCUGCUAUGGCAGAAGAAAUGCGCCUAUCAGGUGAAAAAGUUGCGGAGUCCGAGGCACAACACAAAACCCAGAUCGAAAAUUUCAAGAAGCGCGUAUUAGCCUACGAGGAUGAAUUUGCUCAGAUGCGAAGUCAACACGAUGUGGUGUUGCAAGAGCAAAAGGAAAAGCUACUGACGGCAUCUGCCGCGCGGGAUGAGACUGCACAAUUAAAGGUGGCGGAGCUGGAGAAGUUACUUGCGGUGCUGACUGAAACUGUUGAGCAGAAAGAACUCGAGAUACAGAGCAUGGCCGAGCGUAUACGGCAUAUUGAAGAGAAGCAUGCUCAAGCUGAAAGUGCCCGUGAGGAGACAGCCCGAAAACACGAAGCCGAACAGAUGGAGCUUGAAGCGCAAUUGUCUUCAGCAAACGAGACGAUUGAGAAGCUUCGCAUAGCAACUGAUGCUAACGUCGUUCUACAACACGAAACCAUGUUACAGCUCAAGAAACAGAUUACUCAACUCCAAGUUGAAGUGAAAGUUGAAACGGAGGGAGCUAAUGCUGCACGAGUAGCACUUGAAACGUACAAGAAACGCGCCUAUACUGCAUUAAAGAAGGCGUCGAGAGAGAACAAACUAAAUUUGAAGAAGGCUGCGGAGAGCACGAUUAAGUUGGAGGAUGAGAUACUGUCCGCGAAGGUUCGAAUAAGUGUCCUUGAAACAGAGUUGGAGGAAACGCGGAGACGUAUGGAGGAGGUUGAGAGUGCUGGAGACGCACUUGCGCAGAGCACAUGCAAUGCUCUGGAGGCUGACAAACGUUCUCAGGAGGCUGCGCUGCGAUUAGAAAUCGAGAGCCUAAAGGCGAAAGUGAUAUGCUUGAAAGAAGCGAUGGACAGUGAAAAGGUGCCUCUCGAAUCACAGAUCAAGCAGCUCGCGGAGCGCAAUGAAGCUUUAAAUCACGAGAUUUCUUUACUCAAAGAGAAAACUCGUACUGAAAAUGAUGCUGUUGAGCGGGCAGUCCAAGCAAAGGAGGAAGAGAUCAACAACUUGUCGAAACAGCUUCAUGCUGCACUCGCUGCUGCUGCAUCUCUCGCUACAAAUGAAGCCGAACGUCGCUCGUAUACUCCUUCUUCGUCUCCGACCGAAAAGGAGAGACGCUCUACGGCGUCUUCUUCGCGCUCAUUCGAUUCUGAAGGAAACAACAGCUAUGUGCACCAAACUACACUCGAGGAGCAGCACGAACACAUUACUGCUGCUGUUGGGAAUUCGUGUCCUAUUCCACUUGCGUCGAAGAUUAUAGUUACCAAAGGUGUGGAGCAGCAGUCAAAGGCCUUGGUGAAUAGUGAUGAUGAAGUUGUAAGGCUGACACUCUUGCUAAAUGAGGUGCAGUCCAAGUUCCAUGUUUUCCAGAAGAAGUACGAAGACGCAUCUGCACUGCUGGAAGAGGCCAAUCGACAGAAGCAGCAUCUUGAGCGUUCAACGCAGGAGCUGAACAUUGAGUACCUGAAAAAUGUCGUGAUUAAGUACAUUGAGAGCCAAGUCCCACGCGAAAAGGAACAGUUAGUGCCUGUCAUUGCCGCAUUGCUCAGCUUUACUCCUCAAGAGCAUCGUCAGGUAAUGGCAGCACACAGUAAGGCAAGCGACGAGGGUGCAGGGUUGUUUGGCGGCGUGUUUUCCCUUUUUGGAGGUGGCGCAACAACCACGUCGUCCCCGACAGUUGUGGCAGCUCCACACACUAUCAAGCCUUCGCCUACGACUGCAAGAGGAAACACGACAGGAGCCGCGCUCGGCAGUAAAGGCAGAAAUGGCAUCCUCUCGUUCGGUAGUGACUCUAGCGACGACGAGGAAUUUGAGAGGCCAUUGAACCCGUUUGCGUCGUAG